UGCUUCAUCUUCAUUGAUCAUUCUCUGUCUCUCUUCUUCUACAGCACCAAGUCGUCUCGGCAUUAAUCAAUCAAUGGAUAGUUCGGGUCAUCAGCUGCAUAUUUUUGUCUUUCCCUACAUGGCUCAUGGCCAUAUGAUUCCAACAGUGGAUCUGGCCAAGCUAUUUGCUUUGCGAGGCCUAAAGGCUACCAUUAUCACCACUCCCCUCAAUGCACCUCUUAUCUCCAAACCUAUCCGAAGAACUAAAGGUUUGGGUGUCGACAUUGAUAUUCGAACCCUUAAAUUCCCUUCCGUGGAGGCUGGACUACCAGAAGGAUGUGAAAACGUGGAUUCUAUCACUUCCCAUGAUAAUGGUAGUUUCGAAUUGAUUUUCAGGUUUAACAAGGCGACAACCAUGCUCCAAGAACCUCUUGAAAUGCUCCUGCAAGAGUGCCAACCUGAUUGCCUUGUUGCUGAUUUGCUCUUUCCAUGGGCUACCGAUGCUGCUGCCAAAUUUGGGAUUCCAAGGUUAGUGUUUAAAGGCACUUGUUUCUUUUCUUUAUGCACCUUAGAAUGUAUCAAGCUGUAUGAGCCGCAGAAGAAAGUCUCCUCGGAUUCAGAACCCUUUGUCCUGACUAAUGUUCCCGGCGAGAUAAAGCUAACAAGAAAACAACUUCCAGAUGGUUUAAGACAAGACUUUGAUACUGACUAUAGCAAAUUAAUGAGUGAAAUUGUAGAAUCAGAGUUAAAGAGUUUUGGGAUCGUUGUCAACAGCUUCUAUGAGGUCGAGCCAGCUUACGUUGAUUAUUACAGGAAGGUCUUAGGCAGAAGGGCAUGGCCUAUUGGCCCUGUUUCGCUAUGCAACAGGGGAAUUGAAGAUAAAGCACAGAGAGGGAAUGAAGCAUCUAUUAGUGAAAACGAGUGUUUGAAAUGGCUUGAUUCCAAGAAACCCAAUUCUGUUAUCUACAUAUGUUUUGGAAGUAUGGUCAACUUCAAUGCAUCUCAGCUUAUAGAGAUUGCAAGGGCUCUCGAAGCUUCCAAACAGGAAUUCAUUUGGGCAGUGAGGAGAGACAAGAAAAAUCAAGAAGAUGAAGAAGAUUGGUUACCUAAAGGAUUUGAAGAAAGAAUGGGGGGGACAGGACUCAUAAUAAGAGGUUGGGCUCCACAAGUGUUGAUUCUAGAUCAUGAAGCUAUAGGAGGAUUUUUGACUCAUUGUGGAUGGGGUUCUGUACUUGAAGCUAUAACUUCAGGGAAGCCAAUGGUGACAUGGCCAGUAUUCGCUGAUCAUUUCUACAACGAGAAGUUGGUGAGUGAGGUUUUACAGAUUGGGAUAGGUGUGGGCGUUAAGGAAUGGGUUGCUGUGCAUGGAGAACAUGUUAAAAGCGAAGCUAUAGAGACGGCAAUUACUGAGGUCAUGGUGAGUGGCCAAGCAGAAGAAAUGAGGAGAAGAGCAAGGAAGCUUGGAGAAAUGGCAAGAAAAGCUGUUGUAGAAUGUGGAUCGAAAUACUCUAAUUUGAAUGAUUUGGUUGAAGAGUUGAGGACUCCUGCACGCCCUAAGAGAAGGGCAAUAAAAACAUAA